AAGAAAAAGCAUUGCUUAAUAAAUCGAAAUUCACACCUCCAUCCACUAUGGUCUAGUCAAUAAAGACAUUUGCAUACUACCGGAAACAAUUUUCAUUUUAGCAAUGGGAAAAAACUACUCAAAAUGUCAAGCCGAUGAAUUUGCAUUGAUCAAAUUAGUUUACCGCAAUGAUAUUGAAGUGUUGAGCAGAGAUCCAUACAAAUUCAAGAUUACAAUAUCUUCGGAAGGAUACAAUGUUGAAACGAAAAGUAAUGGUCUAUCAUGUCAGUUGGUAUUUACGUACACGGAAAAAUAUCCAGAUGCAUCACCCGAAGUAGAAAUUGAAAAUGCCGUUAAUUUCAAAGAUGAUUAUAAUGAAAAGCUGUUAAAACACAUCAAAGAAACGAUCAACGAAAACUUGGGCACUGAGAUGAUAUCCUUAUUGAUUAAUACUGCCCAAAAUUGGCUGAAUUUGCAGUUUGGUGGUUACUCUUUGAAUUCGUUUAUUAUCUUGGAACUCGAACCUUAUUUGAAACGAUUCAUUCAUUUGAGAAAUUUCGAGAUUGAUGAGUGGGAAUCAUACAUUUUGAAUGACCAACGUAAAAUUUCCAUCACGUUCACUUAUCGAGAAAAAGCAAACAUUCCAAAUCCUCAAAAUCGUUCAAUUGACUUUUGCACCGAAGCAAAUCUCCCAAGAUACUUCGAACGAUUUGGAAAGAUCAAUGAGUGGAAACUUACUCAAAACAACUUAAAGAAUCAACGCAAAUUGUCAAUCUCGCUGACUUACCAGAAAGAAACCAUUACAGCUGUUUUAUUUAAUAGUGAUCGAUUCAGUCGACAUUCCAGUAGCCAACGUGGCAAUAUCCGGAAAUCACGCAGUUACCCAUCUAUUUUAAGUUUUUUCUGCCAACCAACUUCUGAUGGACAAGUAUUUGCAACAUUUGAAAUUCCGUCUUCAAUGCCUGCAGAAAACACAUUACGUAACUACGCACUAGAAUCGAAUGGCUCUACAUAUUCCAAUAGGUGCAUGAUAAGAAGAAAGAAAAAUUCGUCAUUAUAUAUUGAAUGUUUAUUAAAUUCCCACAAAAAAAAAUUGACAAAAUCAUAAGGGUUACACACGAACAAAUUCUCGGCGCCAUUAGAAUCUACACAGUCAGUGAAACUCGGGAAUACUUGGCUCCAUGUAAGGUACACACAUUAUUCGGAGAACUGUCUUAAUAUUCGAUUUCAGCCAUUUUAAAGCUAUUUUGCCAUUUUUAAAAAGAGUUUUUCUAGGAUUUUGUUCAGAAUGAUCUCAGGAAAUUCGCAUAUCGCAAAUAUUUAGUACUGUCGCGAAGUGGUUAGAAAAAAUGAUUUGAAAUGAUAGGAAGAGAAAACCAACCCUUUUUUCUAUUUUAUUAGUAUUAACGAAACAGGACCACAGGAGAUAGAGAUAGAGAUAGAGAGAGAGAGAGAGAGGGAGAGAGAGAGAGAAAGAGAGAGAGAGAGAGAGAGAGAUUACAUCCAUGAAAUUCUCUAUGAAAAAAUUCAUCGAUUCUUAUUCUUCCAACAAAUUUUAAUUGUACACGAAUGCAAAUCAUUUAUUUACAAUACUUAUACACAUAAUACUUAAAGAAAAAAAAUUCAAAUCUAAGCAAAAAAUGUCAAAGUAGAUUAUUAUAAUAUGAAAAACAUAAUGUAAAAAACAAACAAGUCUAAAAAAAUCGAAUUACAAAAAGUGUAAGACGAAAGUCGUCAGUUUUGAUUUUAUAUUAAAAUCUUCAAUUCAACUCAAAACGAAUGGAUUGAUGUGAUACUGAAAUUCGAAGCUGAAUAUUCAAGUUUAAUGAAAUCAUUUUAUUCCCAUUACAGUUCCAAUGGAAUGAAAUAAUUUCAUCUCAAGUAAUUUGUUCUAUCAAAUCUGGGAUUCGUAUUUCAUGAUAACGCAAAAUUGAAUUUUUUAAUUCAAUUGAACUGAAACAUGAUAAAAAUAUGAAUUGCAAAUUGAUUGCCAGGCCAAGUUCUUUGAGUUUGAGGUUUGAGUUGGGUUUUUUGCCUUCUCAUGUGAUUUACGAACCCAAUUAAACAGCUAUCAUGCCAUAUGUGCCAACAUUUGAAUCAAUUUUAUUCAUUUGAAUCAUAAAAAUUGAGUUUUAAAAAAAAUUGUUAAUAAACGGAAAAUCAUGUAUUUAAAGGCUAAAUAAGACAAGUAUAUUCAAUAAAAUACGCAUAAAAACUUAUGAACAA